AAUGCCUAAGCUCCAAUUCUUAAUUUAAAAAUGAAACCGUUUGAAUUUUGAGACAAAACGGGACGGAUUUUCUCCCUGUCCCACAACUCUGGCAUUAUAGCAGACGAUGUCAAAACAGGAAUGACAGUUUGUAAACAUGAAUCGAACAAUAACAUCUUGUUUUUUGGUUAUUCUAUUUCAUUUAAAUAAUACUCAAUUGGCUCAUGGAGAAUUUACAGUAGAAGAUUUCAACAGUGCGUACUCAGAAUUUCAGGUGACUGGAGACGGUUUUCAUCGGGAAAUGCGAAUGUCCUUCUCGUUUCUUCCUGCCUCUCUUCUAGGCUGUAGUGUACUUAUAAAAUGGAUGAUUCCUUCUGGAAUCUAUGUAGACCCAUAUCAACUUCAAGCUUCGGUAAUGAACAAGACAGUUCGCUUCUCCAGCCAUGUCAACAUUGAACAAAUGGCACAUCAUGCAGAACCUUUAACAUUACACAGCUUGCCCCACCUUCAAUGUGGGAGCAGUUGCAGCUUCUUCCAAUCAAUCCAGUUUCAUCUGCGUUAUCAUCUCCCUAGCAGCAAAAAUGAGUAUACAGCAGCAUCUCUAUCCUCACCUUCUACCUAUUUCUCUUGUGACUGUGCUUCGAUAGAUUUGACAGCUGUGCAUAAAUGUGUGUGGCAGUCAUUACCUGAACAUGUUCAAAUUCAGCAAGUUUUAGUCCCAACUGGAUCGCUGUCUCAUUCACCACUAGUGACAAUUGUUACAAUAGCAAUUUCAUUCAUUGGAAUUGCUUCUGUUGCUUGGGCUUCAGCAGUAGAGUGAACAUGAAUGUUUUUAUAAAUAAUGUACAGUACUCGGAUCAAUACAAAAAGAUUUUGUGUAUUGCG